GCUGUGUCAUGAGUACCCACGCUUGCCAACGAAUAAUUCAAAUAGGAUACCGAGGUUAAGAAGGCACCGAAGGCAACGACAAAGUCUUUAUUAUUGAAAAGAACCUACUUUGCCGUCUUCCGUUUCCCACACUUGUUUUAUUGCGUUUUCUCACGCCCUUUACACCUCCUCUAGCGUUCUUCUCUUUACCGCUUCGGUUUUGCACUAUUACUAUUGUUUUUCAAGUCGUUAACUGACUAUUUCAAUUUCUCACAGAUUUAUUUUUUAGGGGGUGCUCUUCCUCUCGCAUAUAUAUAAGUAUUUCUUUAUUAAUCCCUUUAACAGCGGAGAGGACUAACGCGGCGCUGCGUUUUAAGUGUGAGUGAAACUCACAUACGAAAUUCCCGAGAGGCAAAAAAAUAUUAUCACCGUGUUGCACAGAAGACCCGUGCAGGCAACUGCCCACGCACACCCGCCAACAAGUACUUCGCGAGGACUGCGUUUCUUCUCUUCUGUCUACUCAACCGUGUUUCUUUAUUUUUAGCACAUUCACAUCUGCGUCGUUGCUUUGCUUUUUUGGCCGAGAUUCUUCGUCGGCAGGAUAUACAGCUGCGCCCAGAUUCAUACACCGCUAAAUCACGUCGCUAUUUUUCUGAUCGCGGUCACAGGGGGAAGAAUACAAGGAAAAGAAAAGCGCACGUAACAACUCUGCACGAGAUAGCUUUCUGCGACCGUGUUGUGCAUCGUUCAGCAUUUGUGGUGACUUACACACCCUCACUGGGUCUUUCUGAGAGAUGUUCCGCUACCUCUCUGCGUCGGCAGCGCGAAAAGCUGCGGCGUUAACGGGCGCCUCCGCCAGCGCUGCGACUGCCGCUGGCGCCUCUAGCGCCUUCGGCACCAACACGCCCAUGCGGCUCUAUUCCAGCGGCAACAAGGAUUAUUACAAGAUCCUCGGCGUCGACCGCAACGCGGAGCUCAAAGACAUAAAGAAGGCGUACCGCAAGCGUGCCCUCGAGACGCACCCCGACCAAGGCGGUAACAAGGAGGAGUUCGCGGAGGUGGCCGAGGCCUACGAGGUGCUGAGCAGCCCCGACAAGAAGAAGGUGUACGACCAGUACGGCUCCGAGGCAGCGACGAACCCCAACAUGGGUGCGGCAGGCGGCUUCGGUGGGAUGGGCGGCCGCUCCGCAGAGGACAUCUUCGCCGAGUUCUUCCGCGGCGGCAUGGGGGGGAUGGGCGGCUUUGGCGACAUGUUCAACGGUGGCGCCGGCGGCGGUCGUCAGGCGACACCGACGCUGCAGCCGCUCGAGGUGCGCACUCGUCUCACACUGGAGGAUGUUUACAAAGGAGUGACCAAGACGAUUCGCGUGAACCGCCCGCAGGUGUGCGCCGAGUGCACGGGAUUUGGCACCAAAAGUAGGACGGAGAAGCCGAAGUGCACGCAGUGUGGCGGGAGUGGUAGCGUGGUGCAGCAGCAUCGUAUGGGGCCUGGCAUGGUGCAGCAAACCAUCUCCGAGUGUCCGCGCUGCCGUGGGACGGGCACGAUGGCGAAGCCGGAGGACCAGUGCCACCGGUGCCACGGAAAGGGCUAUCGCACGGUGUCACAGGACGUCACGAUCGAGAUCCCGGCCGGUGUGCCGUCGAACGUGACGCUGGUGGUGCGCGGAGAGGGUGGCACGGUCCCUGGGUGCCCGCCGGCCGACAUGCACCUGCACGUGGAGGUGGGUCCUCACCGCGUGUUUCAGCGCCGCGGCAACGAUUUAAUUGUAAACAAAGAGGUGACGCUGCAAGAGGCGCUGCUCGGCCUACACAUGCCGUUGAAGAUGCUGGACGGACGCACGGUGAACGUAGAAACCACCGCCGAUCAGGUGCUAAAGCCUGAGGGUGUCAUAAAGAUGAAUGGAGAGGGCAUGCCCAGCACCACGGGCGAGCGCGGCGACGUGUACGUCUUUACCCACCUGAAGCUGCCGAACAAACUGAGCAGUGAGCAGAAGGAACUAAUCAGCAAGGCAUUUGGCGUACCGGCAAAGGACGCCAAUGCCUCGGUGGGAAACACGGUGAAAGCGCGUGUCAUGCGUGAGACGCGUGAGCAGCUGGAGGAGCAGAAGCGCGGCGUCUGGGCCUCGCAGGAGGGCGGUGGCUUCGGUGGCGGUGGCGGCGGUGGUAGCUCGCGUCGUGCCUCGGGGGGAAUGCCUGGCGGUGCGCAGCAUGCAGAGUGUGCGACGCAGUAA